CCGGUGUCACGAGCGCCGCAGUCCCUGCGCGACCGGCAGGGCAGGACAAGCAGGCCACCAGGACCAGGACCAUGGCCAGCUCGGCGAGCUCGGCUAGCUCCAAGGCGGCGGGCGUCUGCGCCGCCAUCGUCCUUCUGCUGGCGCUCGGCGGCGUGCAAGGCAAGAAGGGCUUCGGCGAGGGCGGCCAGGAGUACGGCUACGUGGAGGUGCGCGAGGGCGCGCACAUGUUCUACUGGCUGUACUACGUGAACGGCGGCGAGGUGCCGGCCGACAAGCCCCUGGUCAUCUGGCUGCAGGGCGGGCCCGGCGCCUCCUCCACGUCCUACGGCAACUUCAUGGAGAUCGGCCCGCUGGACAUCAACCUCAACAAGAGGGACUCCUCGUGGGUGAACCACGUCAACCUGCUGCUGAUCGACAACCCCGUGGGCACGGGCUACAGCUACACGGACCACUACUCGAAGCUGGCCACCAACAACCACCAGAUCGCCACGGACCUCGUGAGCUUCGUCAAGGAGUUCAUGACGACCUACCCGCAGUUCCAGAAGAUCCCCCUCUACGUGUUCUGCGAGUCCUACGGCGGCAAGAUGACCGCCGAGUUCGCCCUCAACCUGUACCAGGAGCAGAAGGCCGGCACCGUGCUCAGCAACCUCAAGGGCAGCCUGGGCGACUCGUGGAUCUCGCCCAUCGACUCCGUGCUCACCUGGGCGCCCUACCUGCUGCAAAUGGGCAUGGUGGACACCAAGGGUUACACCACGAUCAUGGCGAUGGCGCGGACGGUGCAGCGCAACGUUGAGACAGGCCAGUGGCAGGCGGCGACGGACGCGUGGGGCGAUUUGGAGACUCUCAUCACGUCCACGACCAGCGUCGACUUCUACAACGUGCUGACCCGCAUGCCGGCGGGCAGGAAGCUCCCGGCCGCGCCCCGCCAGGUGCUCUUCACGAACCACGUGCUCCGGGACUCCGACGACGACCUCAACCGGCUGAUGGACGACAAGGUGAAGCCCGCCCUCGGGGUGAUCCCGGCCGGGCUCAAGCACCAGACCUCCAGCACCGCGGUGUUCAACGCGCUGGCCGGCGACUUCAUGAAGCCUGUCACCGACGUCGUGGAGCGGCUCCUCAACACCACCGACCUGAAGGUGGCCGUCAUCUCCGGCCAGCUGGACCUCAUCGUCGACACGCCAGGCACCGUGGCGUGGGCCGAGCGCCUGAACUGGAAGAUGGGCAGCUACUGGGUGAACGAGGCCAUCCGGGAGCCCCUCGCCGUGGACGGCAUCGUGGAGGGCUUCGUGAAGAGCGCGGGCAACUUCUACUUCUACUGGAUCAACCGGGCGGGGCACAUGGUCCCGGCUGACAACCCGGCGGCGGCGAUCGAAGUGCUCAAGACGGUGACGGGCAUGAACGCGAUCAAGGAGGACUGAUUAGACUGGUUCGUGAGACUGUGAGGCAAAGUCGGAAUGGCAGUUGCUUUCAAAUAAAGAGUUGUCUAGCAAUUU